AGCUAAAUCGCUUGCUGGGCUAACAUUUUACACAAGAGGGCGACAGAAAAUACUCAAAUUUGUUGGGAUAUUUUACUUCCAAACAGACAUUUUUCGACAAAAAGAAUACGAGUGCAAAUAGGUUACAACCUGUCUUGCCAGCCCCAAUACUCAUGCAUUGCUGCAAGCUAACUGGCUACUAGUAGCUUCGACUUGAAGGAUUGUUCCUUAACGUGCGUGAAAAACAAAUCGCUUCCUUCUUUUGAAGAGGAUAAAGAGGACCGGCGCUGCAUAGCUUGUUCUGAAUUUCAUUUUCCUGGGGUCUGGAUUUUAUUCUACCAACGGAGUUUAUCUAAAUCAGGCUAUUUCAUCUACUAGUAUCUUGAUAUUAGGACGAGAGCGACGGGUGUCGGAAAGGUGUUAUCGAGGCAGCACAGAGGCAGAGAGUGAGGAUGCUGACUGGUAAAUUGGUAAAAGACAUAGACAGAUAUCAAGCUGUCCUUACCUCGUUACUAUCACUCGAGGAGAACAAAUUCUGCGCGGAUUGUGAAUCCAAAGGUCCCAGAUGGGCGUCAUGGAACCUGGGUAUAUUCAUCUGUAUCCGCUGUGCUGGGAUCCACAGGAACCUGGGCGUCCACAUCUCCAGGGUCAAGUCUGUCAACCUGGACCAAUGGACACAGGAACAGAUACAGUGUGUUCAGGAGAUGGGGAAUGCCAAGGCCAGACGACUUUAUGAAGCUUUCCUAUCAGAGUGCUUCAUACGACCAGAGACUGACCAGUCAGCAGAGAUGUUCAUCAGAGACAAAUAUGAGAAGAAGAAGUACAUGGACAAGAUCCUAGAUGUCAACAAGCUUAGAAAAGAGAAGAGCUGUGAAAACAUCCCUAAGGAGCCAGUAGUGUUUGAGAAGAUGAAGUUGAAGAGAGAAAACAGCCCAAAGACACAGUCUCCAUCUAUCUCAGACCUCCUAGGACUUGACGCUCCUGCUCCUCAUGCUGUUGUAUCUAAUGGUAGAUCCAGCCCUGGAGAGAGGGGGUGUCCUGCGGCGGCUAACCCAGCUACGCUGCACUCUGACCUGAAUCUAUUCAGCCCCCUGCCUGCCUCCUCCACCACCUCCACCAAGACCACACCGGUGGGUAGCUCCAUGCCCAGGGGUUGUGUGGCCGCGUCGGGACCCGAGAACCUCAGCCUGUUCCUGGACUCAGCACCCAGACAGGAGGGCUCUAGGACAAAGAUGUCUAAGGACUCCAUCCUCUCCCUCUACGCAACCACACCCACAUGGCACCAGAACCUGGCUGCACGAGCUGGCCUGUACAUGAACCCAGCCCAGCUGGGCUACUACGGAUCAUACCAUUCCCUGGCCACGCAGGGGGGGGCGAUGGGAGGAGGCAUGAUCACAUCACACUCCAUGGUGGCCCUGACUGGUCAGCAGCAGAACGGUGUGAUGGGAGGACAGCAGAACGGAAUGGUACUAGCACAGCAGAACGGCAUGAUGGGAGGACAGCAGAACGGAAUGAUACUAGCACAGCAGAACGGCAUGAUGGGAGGACAGCAGAACGGAAUGGUACUAGCACAGCAGAACGGCAUGAUGGGAGGACAGCAGAACGGAAUGGUACUAGCACAGCAGAACGGCAUGAUGGGAGGACAGCAGAACGGAAUGGUACUAGCACAGCAGAACGGCAUGAUGGGAGGACAGCAGAACGGAAUGGUACUAGCACAGCAGAACGGCAUGAUGGGAGGACAGCAGAACGGAAUGGUACUAGCACAACAGAACGGCAUGAUGGGAGGACAGCAGAACGGAAUGGUACUAGCACAGCAGAACGACAUGAUGGGAGGACAGCAGAACGGAAUGGUACUAGCACAGCAGAACGGCUUUAUGGCUCAACAGGGUGUCAUGGGGCAAGCGGUCAACACAUCCCCGUUCCUGGUAGGAGUGCCCCACAACAUGAUUGCUCAGCAGCAAAGCAUCAUGGGAGCUCAGCAGAACGGCAUGAUGGGAGCUCGGCAGCAAAGCAUCAUGGGAGCUCAGCAGAACGAUAUGAUGGGAGCUCAGCAGAACGGCAUGAUGGGAGCUCAGCAGAACGGCAUGAUGGGGGCUCAGCAGAACGGCAUGAUGGGAGCUCAGCAGAACGGCAUGAUGGGAGCUCAGCAGAAUGGCAUGAUGGGAGCUCAGCAGAACGGCAUGAUGGGAGCUCAGCAGAAUGACAUGAUGGGAGCUCAGCAGAAUGGCAUGAUGGGAGCUCAGCAGAGCGGCAUGAUGGGAGCUCAGCAGAACGGUAUGAUGGGAGCUCAGCAGAACGGGAUAAAGGGGGGAGUGGCGGCCGUGCCUCAGCAGGUGUACGGAGUACAGCAGUGUCAGCAGCAACAGUGGAACAUCACUCAGAUGACCCAGCACAUGGCAGGAGUGAACUUCUACGGAGCCAACGGCAUGAUGGGAUACGGUGGUCAGCACAUGGAAAGACCAACGACUCAAAGCUCCACCCACACGAUGACAUCACACAUCUGGAAGUGAUGUCAUUAUCUGAAGAGGAAGUGAAGUUGAUGUCACUGGAGCAGCAGUGGUUCUUGGGAGGUUUCGAUCUGGCCUCAUGUACAGGCCAGCUUUUCUACUAAACUCUCCAUCAGACCAUUAACAGGGGAGGAGGAGGGUGGAGAAGUUUAUAUAGGAGCUAUUUCUAGCUCUCCUCUCCUCUCCUCUCCUCUCCUCUCCUCUCCUCUCCUCUCCUCUCCUCUCCUCUCCCUCUCCUCUCCUCUCCUCUCCUCUCUCCUCUCCUCUCGCCUCUCCUCCUCUUCACUCCUCUCCUCUCUCCUCUCUUCACUCCUCUCCUCCUCUUCACUCCUCUCCUCUCCUUAUUUCAGAGCCAUUUUUGCAGAUUUCCAUGCUUGCCUUCAGAUCAUUCUACGACCAAUCAAAGGACAGGGCUCAGAGGUGAAGGGAUCACACUGACCUGGGACCACAGCAUAGAAUACAUCUCAUAUCCAGUGUGUUUGUGUAUGUGAGUGACUGUGUGUGCAUGUGUGUGGUUGUGUGUGUGGUGUGUGGUUGUGUGUGGUUGUGUGUGUGGUGUGUGGUUGUGUGUGUGG